UUGGCUGUCAGUGAGGCACAUGGUUCGGUGACCUGUGCAGGCUGCGGCGUGUGUAUGGGGUUUUCAGGCCUGCUGUGGAGGCGCCUUUCCCGGGUCCUUGUCAUGUCCCAGCCCGAGGCUCGGGCCUUCAGCGCCAGGAAGAAUAAGGCACCAAAGGAGCCUCUGCGGCACAUUAAGAACAGGGCGAGGCAGGAGGCGGGGGAGCGCCAUGCCCCGGCCGUGGUCUAUGUGCAGGUGGUGGCGGCCGGGAGCAGAGAUGCCGGGGCCUCCGUCUAUGUCUUUUCCGACCACCGCAGGUGAAGAGUCCGGACCGAGCGGGCGGCCUGGAGGGGUAUCUCUUCAAUUGCGGGGAGGGGGUGCAGAGACUGAUGCACGAGAACAAGGUGAAGCUCUCGCGCCUCGAUAACGUGUUCAUCACCAGAAUGAACUGGGCGAAUGUCGGAGGACUGUCAGGUGUACUUCUGACCCUGAGGGACGUGGGCCUCCCUAAUUGUGUGAUCUCUGGGCCCCCACAGCUGGAAAAGUAUCUCCAAGCGAUUAAAACAUACUGCGGUGCGAUGGAUGGCCUGACCGUAGACGUGCGUCCCUACACCGAUCCCCUCUACAACGAUGAGACCAUGUCCGUCACACAAGUGCCCAUCUUCAGCAGCGUGAGCCCCCCGAGUUCCCCUUCUCCUGAUGAGAGUCACUCAGACGCCAGACAAGGAAGGACGUCCCCCGAUUUCAGGACGAGACCCUCGAGCAGAUCCCCUCUCUGUGUGAUCUCCUACGUCUGCAAGCUUCACGACAGAAAGGGACACUUCCUGGUGAUGAAAGCAAAAGAAAUAGGACUUCCCGUAGGGACACGAGAGAUCGGACCAUUCAUAGCAGAACUGAAGGCUGGAAGAAGUGUCACCUAUGAUGGCAAGGAGGUCUCCCCUGCAGACGUCCUGAGCCCUGAUGUCCCUGGACCGGCCUUCAUCGUGGUGGAAUGUCCGAGCGACGAUUUCAUAACUCCUGUCACUGAGAACGUGGCAUGGAAGAGGUAUCAGGAAGGCAAAGCAGAAACCGCGGCGGCUUUAGUAAUACACAUGACCCCCGAACAUGUUCUUAACCACAGUAUCUACCGGCAGUGGAUGGAGAGGUUUGGCCCUAGCACCCAGCACCUUCUCCUGAACGAGCACAGCUCCACCGUACAUAACCUGAGUAGCUACAAGGUCCAGAGUCAGCUGCACCUGAUCCAUCCAGACAUCUUCCCCCAGCUCCCGGAGAUCCGCCCCAAGGAUGAAGCUUCUCAUGUGCCCGGGGUGAGGGCGGAGUGUCUCCUGAAAUACCAGCUGAGGCCCAAGUUGGAGUGGCAGAGAGAUCAAGUCGUGCAGAACCAGACUUCUGAGUUUGUGAAGGAGGCCAUGGAGCUGCCCGGGUUUGGGAGGGCACUGAAGGAAUGUCAGCGGCUCCUGCAAACAGAUGGCACGCCGGCAGAGGAUGGGGUUAAUGUGCAGUAUCCGGAGGUUGUGUUUCUGGGAACCGGCUCUGCCGUCCCCAUGAAGACUCGUAACGUCAGCGGCACCCUGGUACAUGUCAGUCCCUCCGCCGCCAUGCUCUUGGACUGUGGAGAAGGUACCUUUGGCCAGCUGCACCGACACUACGGAGACCGGGUGGACGAGGUGCUGAGCCGGCUCUCUGCAGUCUUCAUAUCCCAUAUUCACGCCGACCACCACACUGGCCUCCUCCGCGUGGUGCUGGAACGAGAGCGGGCGCUGGCGUCUCUUGGGAAGCUGUUCAGCCCCGUGCUGGUCAUAGGACCCACCGUAGUCAUGACCUGGUUAAAUCAGUACAACGACCACUGCCAGGAGAUUCUGCACAACAUCAGAUUCAUACCAUCAAGGAACCUGACCGAAACCUCGGAAGUGGACUGUCCCAAGACUCGAGGAUUGAUUGAGUCACUUCUAAAGACCUACCAGUUAGAAAAAUUUCAGACCUGCUUUGUCCGUCACUGUAAGAACGCCUUUGGCAGUGCGAUUGUCCAUAAGUCAGGCUGGAAGCUGGUGUUUUCUGGGGACACCAUGCCCUGCGAUGCCCUUAUCAAGAUGGGAAAGGACGCCAGUCUGGUGAUCCACGAGGCCACGCUGGAGGAUGGCCUGGAGCAGGACGCCAUUGAGAAGGCGCACAGCACAACCUCCCAAGCCAUCGGCGUAGGAAUGGAGAUGAACGCAGAAUUCAUGAUGCUCAAUCACUUCAGUCAGCGGUACGCCAAGCUCCCCCUCAUGAGCGACAGCUUCAGCAGCAAGGUCGGAAUAUCCUUCGAUCACAUGAGGAUCCGACUGAGCGACUUGAGAACCCUCCCUAAGCUGAUGGGUCCUCUCAAGGCUCUGUUCGCUGAAGAUCUGGAGGAACUGGAGGAGCGGAAGCAGAAGAGAGAACUGCGACAACAGGAGCCGGAGACUGAGUCCAGCGACUCAAAACCUGUCCCCACCGUGAAGCGGGACCUGGAUGACGCCAGCGUGCCGGCCGAUGUCAAGAGGUUAAAAGCCAACUGAGCGUCAAUCGAGUGGUGAAAUAUCUGAGAGGCGCGUCACAGGUCAUGUGAUCCCAGGACCAAGGGAUCUGCAGAGGAGAGGUCCAAGCCCACCUCGCAUGUACCGAAACGUUGGCGCUUUUGACUUUUUUUUAUUUUUUUUCUCCACCUUUGCAGGCAGGUAGGUGUCAGGGGUGAGACGGAGAGCUCAUGGACACGCCUGAAAUCUUAAGGAUGCUGCCAAUGUGACCAGCUCGGGGUCCCUGAUUCUGAGGGUCCAUAUGUACGAGGCCUUAAAGGAGUUGUGCCGAGAAGUAUUUAUCAUAGGGUUAUAUAUUUCAUUCUUAGAAUUUAUUUUUAAUAAAGUCUUAACAUCUAAAAACAAAAAAAAAUCCAUAUUUAGCAACUUAACCCCUCCUCCUCCUCCUCAAAUGCAAUAACCCCCAUUAAAGUGGUCAUUAUGGCCUAACCAUAGACUUGCGUGGGAGGCUUCUACCUCCACCACCAUGGAGACAUAACCGGCGGGUCCGCUGGAUCCUAUUGACAGUGCCAUAGAAGUUAUUCUAAUGCCUCGUUAAAGUCUGCAGUGGUUUUGCGUACACAGCUCCUAAUACAGAUCUGUGUCUCCAUGACUACAGACUACGCUCACUGUGUAGUCGGACCCUGUUCCCUUCCUGGGCAGAGGGUGGAGUAAUACAUGACUCUAAAAUCUGACUACGUGGGGUUUGGUUUGUAAUGUGUAACCAUAGAGACACACAGUUCUGCAUAGGAGCUGUAGACACACAACUGUUAGGCUCUAAAGGGGUUAUCCUGCUAAAUAUUAUGAUGGCCUACCCUCAGGAUAGGGGAACGACUCCUGGGAGCCGCUGCACUCACUGGGACGCUUUUCAAGCACAGCGCCACACAUUGUAUAGUGGCAGUGCUUGGUAUUGCAGCUCAGCCAUAUUCACUUCAAUGGGGCUGAGCUGCAACUGGGCCGUGCUGUAUGGUGACAUCACAUGGCCUAGGAAGAGGCUGGCCUAGGAACAGCUGAUCAGGAGGGGUCCCCUGCUUAGGGCUCAUUCAGACGGCCGUACGUUUUUUGCUGUCUGCAAACAGUUUUUAUUUUUAUGGACAGUUCAGCAUGUCCGCAAUAAAACAGAUUGCAUUUAUUAUUUUUGCGGACCCAUAGACUUCAAUGUGGCCACGUCCUGAUUUGCACUGACAAGUAUGGAACAUGUUAUAUUUGUUUUGUGGAGCCAUAAAACGGAAUAAAAUGGCCCUAUAGAAGUGAAACACGUAUUUCUGCUGCUGAAAAGCAAAAUAUCAAAGACUUUUUUUUUUUUUUUUAAUCUAAACACAUGAAUGUGACCCUAUGAGUUAUUGUGCCCGG